UGGCUUGAGUGUCAGCCGGAGCGUAGGUUAUCAGGCUGCUGUGGCUAUGUUCGUGUCCGAUUUCCGCAAGGAGUUCUACGAGCUGGUCCAAAACCAGAGGGUCCUACUGUUCGUGGCGUCGGACGUGGACGCUUUGUGUUCUUGCAAGAUCCUGCAGACCCUGUUUCAGUGUGACCACGUGCAAUAUACGCUUGUUCCAGUUUCUGGGUGGCAAGAACUUGAAUCAGCAUUUCUUGAACAUAAAGAACAGUUCCGUUAUUUUGUUCUCAUCAACUGUGGAGCUAAUGUAGACCUACUGGAUAUCCUCCAGCCUGAUGAAGACACCAUAUUCUUUAUAUGUGAUACCCACAGGCCAGUCAACGUUGUGAAUGUGUACAAUGACACGCAGAUCAAAUUACUCAUUAAACAAGAUGAUGACCUUGAAGUUCCUGCCUAUGAUGACAUCUUUCGGGAUGAAGCAGAGGAUGAAGAGCUUUCAGGAAAUGACAGUGAUGGGUCUGAGCCUUCUGAGAAGCGUACACGGUUAGAAGAGGUGUGUUUGGAAAAGAAAGAAAGGAUGAGAGAGAGAAAGGAAGGAAGGAGGAGAGACAUCCUCUUUGACUAUGAGCAGUAUGAAUAUCACGGGACAUCGUCGGCCAUGGUGAUGUUUGACUUGGCGUGGAUGAUGUCCAAGGACCUGAAUGACAUGCUCUGGUGGGCCAUCGUUGGACUGACAGACCAAUGGGUGCAAGACAAAAUCACACAAAUGAAGUAUGUGACAGAUGUUGGCAUCCUGCAGCGCCACGUAUCCCGACACAAUCACCGAAAUGAGGAUGAGGAGAACACACUCUCUGUGGACUGUACUCGGAUCUCCUUUGAGUAUGACCUCUGCCUGGCACUCUACCAGCACUGGUCCCUCCAUGACAGUCUGUGCAACACCAGCUAUACUGCGGCCAGGUUCAAGCUCUGGUCUGUGCAUGGGCAGAAGCGGCUUCAGGAGUUCCUUGCAGACAUGGGCCUACCCCUGAAACAGGUCAAGCAGAAGUUUCAGUCCAUGGACAUCUCCUUGAAGGAGAACUUAAGAGAAAUGAUUGAAGAAUCUGCAAACAAAUUUGGGAUGAAAGACAUGCGUGUACAGACUUUCAGCAUCCAUUUUGGGUUCAAGCAUAAAUUCCUGGCCAGUGAUGUGGUCUUUGCCACUAUGUCUCUGAUGGAGAACCCGGAGAAGGACAGCUCAGAGACGGAUCACUUUAUCCAGGCUCUAGAUAGUCUCUCCAGGAGUAACCUGGAUAAGCUGUACCUGGGCCUAGAACUUGCCAAGAAGCAGCUACAAGCCACCCAGCAAACCAUCGCCAGCUGCCUGUGCACCAAUCUUGUCAUCUCCCAGGGACCUUUCCUCUAUUGCUCCCUCAUGGAGGGCACUCCAGAUGUCAUGCUGUUCUCCAAACCUGCAUCCCUGAGCCUGCUCAGCAGAAACCUGCUCAAGUCCUUUGUGUACUCGACAAAGAACCGACGUAGCAAACUGCUGCCACUGGUGAUGGCUGCCCCACUGAGUGUGGAGCAGGGCACAGUGACUAUGGUGGGCAUUCCUCCAGAGACAGAUGGCUCAGACAGAAAGAACUUUUUUGGGCGGGCAUUUGAGAAGGCAGCAGAAAGCACCAGCUCCCGCACCCUGCACAACCAUUUUGACCUCUCAGUAAUUGAGUUGAAAGCUGAGGACCGGAGCAAGUUCCUGGAUGCUCUUGUCUCCCUGCUAUCCUGAGGAACUUGAUUUCUUCCAAAAAUGACCUCCUCCUUAUUUAUAUCUACUGGCUUUUAUUUAGAUUUUAAAUUUUGGUCAUCGUUUGAAAUGCUUGAACAGUGCCUCAGUGCCUUUUAAUGGAAUAAAAUGUUUGUUUUA